AUGGCUAUCGACACCUGUGCACUAACACAUUCAUGCAGUGAAUUGCAGAAUGGUUGUGAUUUCGUAUGCUACGUUGUGGAUGUUUUAGUCCCACAUUGGCAGCGCCGUACCCGUGUGCAGCGAGCAAAGACGAUGGUGAACAUGUUUUAUCGGCUCCAGGAGUGUUGCAAUCUGUUAGAAUGCUCCAACAAUGGCAAUCUUAGUGGCUGUUCUGGUCAACUGACUCCACCGAAGCUGCCCGCGUUGUCUGUGGUCGAAACCUAUCUGGGUACAAAAUUGUAA